AUGGCAAAUUACAGCCCCUCUUCAAAGACCCCCCUGAUGGACGGUGUCAGAGUAGACAUGUUGAAGGUACUAGAACGCGGCGAUUCGCUCUACGAGCUGACACUGUGCUUUCCCGAUAUCGCCAACGAGCUCAUUGCGGCGGGCAUGCCCAAGCAACCUGACUGUACGAUAGCGCAGCUUCGGCUCGACCACGUCAGAGACUGGGAAACGACGGAGGUGUUGCACAUCAUACCGCGCGAUCUCUUGCGGUCCAUUAUCAAAGGAACUGUGGCAAUGGAUUUCGGAUCGAACCGGCCUCACGACUACGACGAGGACUCGAAUGAGGCAGGCAUCUACGUGAUUGCCGUCAGUGUCGACGGCCGCGACGGCAGGUUUCUAGACUGGUCGGAACUUGGCGAACUGAUUACGACAUUACAAACGUAUGCCGAUGCCUACACCAUUCACAAGAGAGGCGCACCAAGGGGCAUAGCGGAGUUGGUAAAAACGAGCAUCGCGAAAGAGAUCGACCUGGCUGUCAACGAACAGUGGACCCCUGCCGAGACGCGCUUUAUUGGAAACGACACACAACAUCAGCACGUCACGGCAUUCAUCGGGAACCUCCAACGGAGAAGGACGCCCAUGUUCUCAGGGGUCGCUGAGGCGACGAUACACCAAGAACAAUGCCCGCUUUAUUUACGGCUUACAUUAUCCCUGGCUCGGAGGGAAUCUAUCGAGAACGAAGGAGACUAUGGAUAUACAUGCAGGGCCGGUGAACGACAGGCUGUCACAAUGAUAUGUGCGUCGGUGUUCUGUUUUUAG